UUAUGAAAAAGAAAGUAUAAGCGGAGAUUCAGAAAAAAAAAAAUCGUUUCUCUUUCCCUAAAUACCAACAUCGUAAAGAGUGGCAGUGCAGAUUCAGAAAAAAUGGGGUACGUUUUAAGGGUCAGAUUUGCAGCCUUCUUCGCCGGUGCUGCUGUGGCAUCGGCCGGCGGUCUCUACCUUCUCCACAAGGAUUACCAAACUGCCCAUCAUGCCAUGUCUCACCAGAUGAAUGAUGUCUAUGAAUCUCUUAAUGGUCGCAUUUCUACUUUGGAAAGGCUGAAAGAAGCUGAUGCCGCGAAACACGUGGAAGCUACUGAGUAGAUUGUUCUAAUGAGAGUCCAGUGGAUACUUUUCCUUUUGAGGCAUCAAAAUAGUUUUCAUAGGUUCUAGUUGUUUGUUCUGAUUCCAUUGUGAUGUAUUUCAUGACUUGCUUAAUGAAGUUAAGUUUUUUUGUAUUGUUUUGCUAUAUGAUGGGAGGUGGUAAUGUGAACUUAAAGUCAAUUUUGACUCUUUAAAGUUUAUCAACUCUCCUUCCUUUAAUAAGAUGAAAGCUUGAAGACACUCAAUUAUUUGGA